GUCAGCUGUUAGUUUGACUGGCCAACACCAGGUGGCUUUCACAAAAAAUUCAUUUGUCCCUGCACCUGUGGUGUUUCUACAGUUAGUAUGAAGGUGGUGAUUGGUAUAAUUGGAGGGAGCGGUAUCGAUGAUCCUGAUAUCAUUGAAAACAGAGAGGAAGUGGAGGUCGAGACACCAUUUGGAAAGACUUCUGACUGCCUCAUCAAAGGCACUAUUAAAGGCGUCGACUGUAUUUUGCUGGCAAGACAUGGAAAGAAGCAUACCAUAAGCCCCACAAAUGUGAACUUCCGGGCGAACCUCUGGGCACUGAAGAACCUAGGGUGUACACACAUCCUGGUGACUACAGCAUGUGGAUCAUUACAAGAGGACAAGAAACCGGGAGAAAUAGUCAUUUUGGAUCAGUUUAUUGAUCGGACACAAAAAAGGGUCCAGACUUUUUAUGAUGGCGAACAUGAUGAAUUCAGGGGUAUCUUACAUCUGCCCCUGCAUGAGCCCUUCUGUCCUCAUACCUCAAAGAUCCUUCAAACAUCUGCCAAAACACUGAAUAUCGACCACCACAAUACAGGGACGAUGCUAUCAAUAGAAGGACCAAGGUUCUCCAGUCGAGCUGAGAGCAAGCUGUUCCAUUCCUGGGGAGCUGACUGCAUCAAUAUGACCACAGUACCUGAGGUCAUCUUAGCAAAAGAACUUGGAAUCUGCUAUGCAGCACUUGCCCUUGUGACGGAUUAUGAUUCCUGGCGUGACAAAGGAGAACAUGUUUCAGUUGAGGGAGUGCUGUCUAUUAUGAAGGGUAAUGCAAUGAAAGCAAAGAAAAUCCUGUGCGAUGCUAUACCUCAGAUAGGUCAGCAAGAUUGGACAGCAAUAUUGCAAGCUAACACCUCUUUGGUGAAGAAUUCAACAAUGCUAUAGGACAGGGCUGUUGGGGAUUUCCUUACUGAAGAUACAUCAGGGAUAGUUUUUCCAUGGACUUUUAGACAUGUCGGAUGUUACUACAUUCCACAAGGACAAUAGAUCUCUUAUUGAUGCUUUUGUAAGCUUUCAACUCACAUGGCAGAGCUAUAGGAAGCGUACAUGAUUAUUUUGUAUUGUUACUUGAUUCUGCUUUGGUGCAAAGCAUAAUAAUGUUUGCCUAUCGUGAAAUAAACACAAAAAUCUUGAAAUAA